CUGCAAGCCAAUAGUAACCAUCCGAUAAUGAUACGUCAAAGGGAAAAUACAAUAGGAAGGCCAAGUCUCUGUACUGUGAUAUAUCGUUUAUUCUCCCAUUGAAAGAAGGAUAUGGUUUAGAUAGGAGAAUGUCUUUCAAAUUGAAUAGUAUAUUCGUAAAAAGGCAAGCGACACCUAUCAUAAGGUACAAUAAGAAAGAACGUCUUCUGGUUUUGAACAUCGUUUCUUCUCGAAUAUCGUCGAGACACUUACUAGAAACAGAAUGUGCGAUGAAAAAUCCAGCCCACCUGCAAUCCUUAUGAUAGUAAAUGUACUAGUGCGUAACAUCCACAAUGAUCGAAAAUAGGAUCGAAUCACAUGUAUGUACGUCUUAAUGGCUCACAUCUCAAUGAUGUUAUUUUUAAAAACUAAAAUGCUC